AUGGUCAAGCAGAGACCAGGUUCCCGAAAGGACAUGACAAAGCUCGGGACAGCCUCAAAGAAAGCAGCCAGACGGCAAGCAGCAAAACAAGCCAAUGGUUUGGCAAACAGACGGACAAUAGUUCACCCAGCCAUGCGCGGCGCAUGGGACCAUCGAAAGAGUCCGGCAAGCAAUCUUGCCAGCGUUGGGCUGACUGGUUCGGUCAAUAAGAUUUCCAAAUCGCGCGACAAAAUUGGAAGAACUAUCGAAAUUGCACCAAUACCCACGUCAGUUCCACACAACCAUGUUCUGCAGAAACUGCAAGACGAAGCUAACAAGCCCGAACGCGAGCCAAAUAAUGUCGUGCAUCCUGGGGAAAGACGUGCCCUUGAGAAGAUGGUCAAGAGGUAUGGUGAUGAUUGGGAGAAAAUGGCUAGAGAUAUCAAGCUCAAUUACUUGCAAUGGACCCCGAGGAAAUUACAACGCAAGGUCGAGAGAAUGAAUGCUAUUCUUGAAGAGAAGAGUUAGUUGCGCCGCAAUGGGCCCUUUCAAAGUUCGACCACAGUAUAGCAUCUUCAAAGUGUGUAGAAAUUCGAUGUAUUGUGCAGCGGUGAGCCCAUUGAGGCCUCACGACAGCCCAAGGCCAGUCCAGGAUGCGAAAAUCUCAAUGUAUUACUGCAGUCUGUGUGAACUUCUACUGAUCGUCCUUCCCGAAUUUCGCGGCAGAGCCUUCGGCUCCAGCAGGACAGAGAAGGCCAAUGUUCAGCCUUCUCUCGAUCAUUUGUGCCUAAGAAAAGGCUGUCUUCACAAACAGCCAAUGCACACUGCACAAUAUACCGGCUUCGACUGCGGUCCAACGUUUCUGUAAUUUAGACUUUGUGAAUGUUGCGGGUGGGCUCUUGAAGAAAUGAUAGCGUUACUCAAAAAGCCGAUGAUGGGUACAGAUCGACCUGA